AUGUAUCUCUUGGCUUAUUACUUUUCAGUCAAGCCAGAAGAUGUACAGUUGACAACAAACGCGACAUCUAAAGAAGUAAAGCAGUUUGAACCUGUGCAGUUCAACUGCUCAGGACAUGCCAAUCCACCAGUGACAUUGUAUCAGUUGUUCGUGAAUGAUGUUUUGAUAAGUGAGAGCAGCACUGGAGUCUUCAGCGAAAAAAUAAUGAACAGUGGUAAUUUGACCUACAAAUGUGCGGCUACCAAUGCUGUGGGAACAACAAGCAGCGAGGAAGUUUACUUUAUUGUUAAUGGUAAGUUUGAUACUGAAUUAUUAAAGCUAUGAAAAGUGGUUAAGUUAGGCAACCAGACUAUUUACCACCCUGAAGAUUCCGCCCGAAAUAGCCCUUGUGCGUUUUCACCUUGAUCAUGCUCUUAAAUCUAGAGCCCGAGAUCUAUCUCUUUGACAAUUGCAAACCUAGCGCAGGGAGUCCAACGAUGAUAUGCUGCAAGGGUUUUCUUUCCCUAGCUAAGCUACAAUGAGGCCUUGAACGACGAUAUCUUCUUCCAAAAGUAUACCGUAGGGAAGUCAGAGACUUCGCAACAUUUUACUAACUCAAGUGUGGUCACUACAAUUGCUCGUUUGACGGUUCCUAUGUUCAGUUCCGCGCAGAUAGAGACAAAGCGUCUACUUCAGUUAUCUGAUAAUUCAGUAAACGCAUUAAUACAGUAAUAUCGAACUGUUUAAGGAAACCUUUCGACGCGUUACUAACCGUCAGUCAUAAAACAAUUCUAAGUUACUUUGCAUGCCUAUACUGACGGUUUUUCAUUUUCCAUCUCUCCUGCGUUUUUAGAAUUCGUUUGCAAAGCUGUGGCAGAUGUCGCAUUCAUUGUUGAUUCUUCGGGAAGCAUUGGUAGAAGAAACUGGGUAAAAAUGCUCCAGUUCGUCAAAGAUAUGGUGAAAGCCUAUAAUGUUGGUCCACAAAAGACGCAUAUUGCUGUGAUCGCUUACAGUACCGGUGCGAAGGUCGAGUUUAAAUUGGACAGGCUCUUGGGAUCUGCAGUUACAGAGGAAGGCUACUAUAAGCUCAUCGACAGGAUUAGGUUUCAGAGAGGCUACACCUUCAUUGAUAAAGCUCUCUUGCUAGCCAACGAACAGAUAUUUACCACCAAUUCUGGAAUGAGGCCUCAUCUGCCACAGGUAUUAAAAUUUUUCGCUCGGUUUUUUUUUCAUGUACUGGUCCAGUAUUUUUUAAAGUUUUCUUUUGUUUUAUAUCUUGUCGAGAAAGGUUGUGAUCAUAAAAUGCCGCAAAAGGUUUCGGUUCCUUAUCCUGAAAACUUUAGACAAAAUCUCUCAAUUGUAUCUAUGAAGGAAAAAUUAAGAAGGGUGGUAAGUUGAGUGUUUGGAAAGAGCUUGAAGUGAUUGCUAAAUUAAAAUUUGAAGUUAACAGAAAAUGCAGUAGACCAAUAGAGCUAAGCCCUGACAGCGUUGUUAAUGAUUAUAUGGUGAUACCAGAGACGCAUGAAAUUCGUCGAGGAAACAAAAUAUGCCAGCACAUAGGAUAUUUUCCCUAUUUACUAAGGGAAUAAACUUGUGCAGUUUAAUUACUUAAUUUAGAAGCUCUUUCAGUAUUUUUCUUACCUAAAAUAAGUAUGGCCAUAAAGGGUAAACGAUUACGUCUGCGAGGAUAUCAUUCACCCAUGUACUGGUUAAUUAAGACUUCUAUUGAAAAAAAUAAUUCAAAUGUGGGACUUUACCAAAUACCUUGUCUCACUUAUUAAAUGAUUAUUUUUCUCUUACAGAUUGCUAUUGUUAUCACAGACGGUGAACAGACGACAAACCGAGGACCUUACACGCCCCUUUCAAUUGCAUCCAGAGCACUCAAAGAUAAAGGUGUUAAAGUCUACUCCCUUGGAAUCGGCAAAACCGUCAAUCGAGAUCAGCUAAACGAAACAGCCAGUUCAAGUUCAAAAGUCUUUACAGCUUCCAGUUUCUCAGAACUCGCUCCUAUAGCGAUGAAGAUUGUCCAAAGCUCAUGCCCAGGUAUAGUUUUACAACUAUGAUUCGAUGUUAGUGCAUAUCUUUUACUAUGACAACGAAUUUCACCAAAUAACAUAUUGUAGCUAGUUUCAUACAUGUAUAUCAUAUUUACUAAUUUUGUUAGCUUAUUUUUGUACGCCUUCAAGGCUUCAUCAGGCGUCGUUUCGUGGCGCUUGGUCAAUUUCCAAAAUAUCGCAAAAAAAUCAUUUGCUUUCUGUCUUCUGGAUUAUUUAAAACUGCUUUAACGACUUCAUUUUCACCACCACCAUAUUACAAUUGUUUCACCUUCAUCUUCACAGCCACCGACACAUUUUUAGCUUCGGUUUCUCUCAAACAAACGCAGCCAACCCAUUUCUAACCAACGUCCCCCACCAGAUUUGUAUUAUUCAGCCGUUUACAUCACCAAGACCACCACUUCGUAUCAACCUGUUAUUAGCUUGAAUUUCAGUUCGACCUAGCACAUCAAACACAUUGACUGCCGAUCGGCCCUUAAUUGACCUAACCUCGACACCACAAUCUUGUGCGCCCAAUUUCCAAAGAAGAACGAGAUAACAGGCACUUUAGAAUUUCUUUUAUCUGAAAAAUGGCGUUCAGAAAUGCAGCACUUAGAUCCCCUGAAUCUGUCUCUGCAUGUACACGAAGAGGGAUUCAUCUUCCGUUUUCUCUUGUUUCAGUCAAACCAGGUAACAUCCGAUUAACUGUGAAUGACUCAAGCAUCUGUCAGGGGGGUGUCUUUAGUUUAAGCUGCUCUGCUGAUGGUGGAAGCCGUACUGAAGAGGUCUAUCAGUUAUUUGAAAAUGAUGUCCUUGUUAGUAAAAGCAGCAGCAGCCCAUUGGUUUGGAGUAAAUCAGCAUUAAUUGGAGGAGUGUUCGUUUACAGAUGUGUGAUUGACAACUCUGUGGAGACGGCAAAUGCGACAAUAACUGUCCCUGUAAAUGGUAAAGACACUACAUUUUUUUUUCAUUUUGCAAAGUUCAUUUCUUAACCUUCCAUACUCAAUAAUACAGUAUAUAGAUAUAGCCAAGGCCAAAAGCGAAGCUCUCAAGGGAUCUUUUAAGAUAUGUCUUUCUCAUGACAAGUAAUUUAACUUUUGCCGUGAGCAGAAAACAAACUGAGUUCUACCUUAAAAAAAAUGGUCCUGAGCGAUCAAUUCAAAACCAAAAACUGGUCAACGGAUAACUUUAAAAUUAUACGUCAAACCGAUUAGUUGUAUACCUGAGCCCGCGAUAUAAUCAUGUGACAAUGGUCAGUGGAUACUCUUUUUUGACAGCUGUCAAAACAACAAAAUAUAUGCCUUAGACUCCUAGCUAGUAAGUGUCUCAUUUCACAUCCGCUAACAUGAAGAGAAGAAUGUCGGGCGUACUCACGGACGAUUUUGUCAGAACCAAAAUUUCUUGGAUGCAUAGAAAAACCAAAAUUUUGUUACUGAUGGUGCUCUGCUGCGCGCGUGGGAGCUCCGCUAAUACCACCUUGAUUCUUAUAAACAGAGAGAUCUACAAUAGACAGACUGAAUAACAUCACGGUAGUUGAGGGUGAAAACUGGAAUCUGACUUGUGGUGUUACUGGGAAUCCGGUGCCAUCAGUUUCCUGGACGGAAGUAAAAACUGGUAGCCGUACAGAAGGGAACGUGCUUGCCCUCAUUAACAUUAGAAGAAGUGACGCUGGUGAAUAUAUAUGUGUGGCUAGCAAUUUUUGUGGAAAUGACACCAAGAGCACAUUCCUGAUUGUGAACUGUAAGUGACUACUGAUAAAACCUUCUUCAGCUUGUAUGUUAUUAUCAUUAGAUCUCAUCGACCGUAGCCCCAUCGGACACAUCAUGAAAUUUACACAAGCACUUCCUUUACUGAUUAGGGUUAAGUACUGUUUCUAAACUGGUUAGGUUCUUUUUUUGUGUAUGUUUCUCCUUUUGGUAAUAGCAAACUGUUUGUUCCUUUGGUCGUUUUCGUUGAAGAAACUUUUUUUAUCGUACUAUUUGUUUUUGAAAGCACGGUGAUCAUACAACUUGAAAUUAUUUUGGUCUUAUGUAAGGCCAAGUGAUGGAUGGAUGUGUUGGUCAGAAUUUUUAUCUUGAUGGCUCCGAGUGUCCGUCCGUAUUGGGCACUGGUCUCACUCGGGCGUAGAGAAACAAAUUUAUCCAUAUUUAUUCAGUAUCUGCCUCUUCAGCAGGGCUUAACAGGGGUCCUGAUAAACGAAAAUCAAAUCCAUGAGAAUGUAACAAAAUAUAAAGAGGCAGAUACUUGUAAAAUUUACUACACAACAAAAUAACAGAAUAACAUUUUAUCAGCAUCUCUUUGAAUUUAGAUAAAGAUUUGCAGUGCUUUGCCGAGUCCGAUGGGUCAUUGUUGGCCCUUGCUGCCUGGUAUGAUAUGGAUUAGUUCGCGCAGCCGGAAGUACAAUAUUAAAUUCACUGCUCCACGUUUUAUAAUUAUGACUGAUUCGCUGUGCAAUAGAGAAACGUUCUGUACGUACAAGUCCAUUCAAACACUUGUAAAUGAAAGAUUUUGUCGCCGCCUACUAAGUAGGUUAGUCCCGCUAAGUUGUGACACCGAUCGUUGUUAGAUCCUUCUCUUAGCACAACUAUUGCUGCUCUAUUACGAAGCCUAGAAUUGGCCUGCGAGGAAGCUCUCCUAUUUGGGCAAACGAAGUGAGCCUCGCGAAAACGCGCGAGGAGGGACCCUCGCGGUUCUCGAGACUCGCUUCACUCGCCCAAAUAGGAGAGCUUGCUCGCAGGCUAGCCUGAAAUGGGAUGAAUUUUCCUUUUUCUGCUUGUUUCAGUUAAACCAGAGAAUAUCCAGUUAAGAGCAAAUGACUCAAACAUCUGUCAGGGUGAUGUCUUAAGUUUAAGCUGCUUUGCUGAUGGUAACCCUGCCGUGGAAGUCUAUCAGUUAUUUGAAAAUGAUGUUCUUGUAAGUAGAAGCAACAGAAGCUCAUUGGUAUGGAGUAAAACAGCAUCAGCUGGAGGAGUGUUUGUUUACAAAUGUGUGGCUGACAACUCUGUGGGGGCUGCAAGUGCUACCAUAACUGUCACUGUAAAUGGUAAACAACCAGUGAUUUUGCAUAGACUUUUCUCUUUUCGAAAGUAAUUGUUAAAUAAAAUGUGAACCUAAUUGUCUUACAGUGAUGUUAAUUUUAAAAUAGCGGGAAGUACCAUAAAGACUGUCAACAACAUCACAGCAGUAGAGGGUGAAGACUGGAAUCUGAUUUGCGGUGUUACUGGGAGUCCGAUGCCAUCGGUGUCUUGGGAAGAUGUUAAGACUGGCAGCCGUACAGAAGGGGACGUCCGCGAACUUAUUAACAUCCAUAGAAGUGAUGCGGGUGAAUACAAAUGUGAAGCCAGCAAUCUUUGUGGAAUGGAUAUUGUGAGCACAUUUCUGAUUGUACACUGUAAGUGACCGCUCAUUAGAACACACAUCUGUAAUUAAGUAAGUAAAUUAAGUAAGUAAGUAAGUAAGUAAGUAAGUAAGUAAGUAAGUAAGUAAGUAAGUAAGUAAGUAAGUAAGUAAGUAAGUAAGUAAGUAAGUAAGUAAGUAAGUAAGUAAGUAAGUAAUAAGUAGCUAAUCGUCACUAAUUUAAACUUUUUUAGUACGCAAUCUUGCCAACACAAUGUAACGAAUCUUGUAAACAUCGCGCGAGAUUUAAAUUUAACGGCGACCUCACAAUAUGUAACACUGAAGAUGACUGAUGUAUCAUUGUAUGUCUGCUAAAGGACGUUGAUAUGUUUAUGCGGACAUCUGUAAUUGUUUCAAAACUGUCGAAUGGGAUCGAGCUACGUUAGUAACCUGGAGUCUCUGAGACUUCUGAGACAAAUUUUACUGGUUUUCCUUUUCUUUAUUCAGUCAAGCCAGAAGAUGUACUGUUGACAAGAGAUCUGAUUUCUAAUAAAGCAAGUCAGUUUGAUGUUGUGAACUUUACCUGCUCAGCUAACGGAAAUCCACCGGUGGAAUUGUAUCACUUGUACGAGAAUGAUGCUCUCAUUCGUAAUAGCAGCACUGGAAUGAUCAAAGUAGAAUUAAUGAACAGUGGUAACUUAACCUACAAAUGUGCGGCAACCAAUGCUGUGGGGACCACAAGUAGCCAGGAUGUUUUAAUUGCUGUUGAUGGUAAGUAGACAGUUAUAAAAAUUUUAGAUAAUAGUUAUGUUAAGGCAAGACUCGAUGCAUAUUUAAUUUAUACAAAAUCCGUUGUCCGGCCAAGAUACGGACAAACGUUCAGUUGGCCGGUCAUUUUGACCGGUCAAGUGCACGGCUUUCAAAUAAAUAAAUGGAAAAAUACAUUAAGUCACAUCAUGAAUUCUGUAAAUUACAAAAACAGUUAAAUUGUAAAAUAUUUUAGCCCCUUGCAGUUAUAAAGUCGGAGAAUACAAAUGAGACGCUGUCUGACGGUCUCGUUCAGUGUUUUUGUUAAUGCCAAAAUAAUAGUAAUUGCCAGUUUACGACAUUUUGACCGGUCAGAAACGAGCCAUGGUCAUUUUGAGGUCUGGAUCAAGGCUUUAACUAGCAGAAGAGCUGUUUUCAGAUUUCUCUUUUAAUAAUCUAAAAAAAUUUUAAAUCAUGGCUUAAAUUUUUAGCUCUACAUUGAUAUGUUAGUCAAUGUUUUGCGCAGUAUAUUUCUCAAAAUUGUGCUCAGUUUGAUGGGGCUGAAUCACUCAAAAAUCUGAUUUGGUUGGAGAUAUACCGGUCAAGAUAGAUACGUUAUAAGAACCGCAAAGCGCGCCAUGAUAGUCUCGAUAGAAUUUGCUGUAACUGUUAUCAUCAUCAUCAUCAUCAUCAUCAUCAUCAUUAUUAUUUAAAUUACGAUUAUUACAAUGUCUCUAGGCACUUCAUUUUUAUAAUAAGCUAAGUAGGUACAUACCUAAAGUACCAGAGUAGUACCCAAAUAUUAAGUGAAAGGGUAGCUUUAAAGGAUCCAAGAAAUUAGCACAAUAAAGCUUAAACUAAGUCUUUACGUUUUAAGGCCCUCACAGUUUAAUUAAUGAAACACCAAAUUGACCCAGAAUUCUGUGCUUCCGUACCUGUUGGUUUUCCCCAUUUUCAAUUCGUUUUUUCUCCUGCAUUCUUAGAAUUCGUUUGUAACACCGUGGCAGAUGUGGCAUUCAUUGUGGAUUCCUCGGGAAGCAUUGGAAGAAGAAACUGGGUAAAAAUGCUCCAGUUCGUCAAAGACAUGGUGAAAGCAUUUAAUGUUGGACCACAAAAGACGCAUAUUGCUGUGAUUGCUUACAGUACCGGUUCAAAGGUCGAGUUUAAAUUUAACACACUCACGGGAUCUGCAGUAACAGAGGAAGGAUACUACAGACUAAUAGAGAGGAUUAGGUUUCAGAGGGGCUACACCUUUAUUGGUAAAGCACUCGCACUGGCCAACGAACAGAUAUUUACCACAGUCUCUGGAAUGAGACCUUAUUUGCCACAGGUAUGGAAAGUCUUCGCCACGCUCCGUUCUUUGCUCUCAGUGAGAGUUUCAGCCAAAUUCCUUUUGUAAAUUCAGAGGGGUGUGUGUGUGUGUGUGUGUGUGUGUGUGGGGGGGGGGGGGAGAGAAUGAAUGGAGGGACCAGGCGAUUAUAAGUAUUGUUUUAAACAAUGCCCUUUGGUUUUAGGACAAUACUUCAGGUGUUAAGUUGAAUCCAGCCCCAGAUAUAGGCCAUGAGUUCCAAAAUCCCUCACUUUCAAAUCGAGGGUACGUGCAAAACCUUUCUUUUGAAUAUGUGUUUUUUUUAAAUGAGAAUUAAAUCAUUUCAUAUCAACAGCUUCGCACUUACCCUCGAUUUAAAGUAGAGUCUUAGACAACUCGGAAAUUGCCUAUUAACUGAAGAAAGAAUCUGACCAAAAAAAAUGUCGCUACUCGAAAAUUCCCCAUCCUGACAAAGUAAUAAAAAAAGAAUAAUAAAAGAAUUACAAAAAAAAAAAAAAGGAUAAAAAGAGGCCAAUGGGCAAACGCUCGAGAUGUUAGCCUUUCAGUCUUUGAAAUGUUGAAAUGGCUACAUCAACUUCAUCGUUGAUAAAACUCAAUUUUAUUUUUCCAAGUAUCUUGACUCACUAAUAAGAUAUUUUCUUUCUUCCUUCUCAGAUUGCUAUUGUUAUUACAGACGGCGAACAGACAACAGACCGAGGACCUUACACGCCUCUUUCAAUAGCAUCCAGAGGAAUCAAAGAUAAGAAUGUUAAAGUUUAUUCCCUUGGAAUCGGCAGAAAAGUCAAUCGAGAUCAACUGAGCGAAAUAGCCAGUUCAGACACUAACGUUUUUACGGCUGCCAAUUUCGCGAAACUUGCAUCCGUGGCGCAGAACAUAGUGCAAAACUCAUGUCCAGGUAAGAAAAGAUAA